AACCUGCAACUCUAUGCAGUGUGGAAGCGCCAAUCAAUGGUCUCCGAAAUCCUAUUUACUCUUUUAACGAUUUUAAUUGCUUUCAAAUUUCAUCGGUCGUUGGAAUGAAAGUGAAACUGUAAAGCCCCUGGAAUAAACGGUUAAAAUCGCCAGUUCCUCUGCUGCUUAUAUUUCAUUUUACAUUUUGAUGCAGAUUUUAUAUUGUGCAAAAUGCUCCAGAUCUACAGUAUUUGAAUGGAAUUAGCGUAGUAUGCAAAACUGCCUUCUAAAACGCUGCUCUUCCUGCACGCUUCGUAGACAGGGUAAAUUUUUGCAAGCUACAGUUUUAGUCAUCAGAAAGUAUGGAGGAGCUCCUGGUGCGCCUGGAUUUGGCGGCUUUCCAGGGCAGCCUCAAGACCCGAUGAUGGGGUAUUUCAGCGCUGUUGCCGGCCAGGAUGGACAAAUAUCUGCAGAUGAGCUCCAGGUGUGUCUCACCCAGGCCAAUUUCUCUGGAGCCUACAAACCAUUCAACCUCGAGACCUGUAGGCUGAUGAUUAGCAUGCUGGAUAGAGAUGGUUCGCAUACGAUGGGCUUCAAUGAGUUCAAGGAGCUGUGGAAUGUUCUUUACGCGUGGAAGCAGCAUUUCGCCUCCAUCGACCGUGACCAGAGUGGCUCGGUCGACCCACAGGAAAUGCAGCAGGCGGUCAGCUCCAUGGGUUAUAGACUGAGCCCGCAAGCUAUGAAUGGCAUGAUCAAAAGAUACAGCACUCAGGGGAAGAUCUCCUUUGAUGAUUAUGUCGCCUGCAGUGUAAAACUCAGAACUUUGACUGAUUUAUUCAGGAAGCGGGACCAGACUCAGCAGGGGGUAGCCACCUUUUCAUACGAUGAUUUUAUCCUUUGCACCAUGACUACAUAAAACCACUGGAAGCCCGCCAAAAGGAAUUUAGUUCUUCUGACCCAUGCUGACGUGACAGAUGAAACCAUCACCUUUGAUAUGUAACAUUUGGACCAAGUUUUUAAUGUUUUUUUUUUUUUUUUUCCUUCCAAAAAAGUCUCAAAUACAACACUACUUUUAAUAUGUUUUUCCACAUAGCUUAUUAAAACCAGACGUAAGAACUGUAUAAUCAUUGUUAAACUGAUGUACACAGUUGUAGCCAAAAAUAUUCGUAUCUUUUCAUUAGUUUUUUUUUCUAUUAACCAUCCCACACCAUGUAUUGCCAUGCAGAGCUAUAUUUAAUGUAAUCCUUGGCGCUCGAUGGAACAUAUUAAAUGAAUAAAAUUAUACUUGCUCAAA